AUGUCGUCACAUUCUUCCUCCGUGUCGUCCAUAUCGUCCAUCGACAACAGGAUCGACGCCGAAAAUGCCCCUCAGGUGUAUGACCCUGAAGACGCCCAGUCGCAAAUCUCGGGGAACCUCUCCUCUACCCUCUCAAGGGCAGAAUCUCUUCGUAUGGUGAAGACAGAAACUUCAAAAUCUUUGAAAGAUAGAGGUCUCUCUCGUGCAGUCUCCAUUGCCGAUCCCGUCAGACCAAGUACUGUGGAAAACCCAAUAUUCCCAGAAGAAUAUACCCUGGAAACAGAAACAGGUUUGGUCCCCGUGCAAACCCUACGUGAAAUCGGUAGAUCUAGAGCAGCCACAAAGUCCCAAAUAUCAAGGACUUCCUCAAAGACUCCCACGAAAAUCCCCACACAAGUGCCUACUGAUGUAGAAUCCCUACAACCUCACGACGAAUCAACAAAACCUUUUGACCCGGAAAUCCAAUUUGUCACAUUCACCUUGAACGACCCAGAGAACCCUCAUAACUGGAAACCAAUUCUUAGGUGGACGUUCACCAUCGUCUUGUCCUUGAUGGUUGUCUGUGUCGCUUUUGGCUCCUCAAUUGUCACGGGAUCCUUGGGACCAAUGUCCGAAAAAUACCACGUCUCCACUGAAGUCUCCAUUCUCUCUUGUUCGUUGAUGGUGUUGGGAUUCUCCGUUGGACCUUUAUUAUGGUCCCCGUUAUCUGAACAAAUUGGUAGAAGGCCCGUUUACUUUAUCUCCUUUGGCCUUUACUUCAUCUUCAACAUCCCCUGCGCAGUCGCUCCAAACAUUGGUACCAUACUUGUCUGUAGGUUCCUUUGUGGUGUCUUUGCAGCAUCAGGGUUGGCCAACGUCGGAGGCUCCAUCUCAGAUAUGUUCCCCACCGAAACCAGAGGUAAGGCAAUCGCUUAUUUUGCAGCGGCUCCAUAUGGUGGUCCUGUCAUUGGCCCCCUAGUUGGUGGAUUCAUUAGUAGAUACGAUGGUCGUAUAUCACUCAUCUUCUGGGUCAACUUUGCCUUUGCGGGUUUGAUGUGGCUUGUUGGCUCCUUGAUUCCAGAAACUUAUGCACCAGUUAUCUUGAAGAAGAAAGCAAAGCGUUUAAGAAAGGAGACAGGUAAUGAGAAGAUCAUGACUGAACAGGAAGCAGCUGGCUUAUCCUUGAAAGAGUUGGUUCAAACGUGUCUAUACAGACCUCUAAAAUUCGCAAUUACAGAGCCAGUUCUUGACUUGAUGUGUUUCUACGUCUGUCUAAUUUAUUCCCUACUUUAUGCCUUCUUCUUUGCUUAUCCCGUUGUCUUUGGUGAACUAUACAACUAUGGUGAUGACUUAGUUGGCUUGGUUUUGAUUCCAAUUAUUAUCGGUGCAUUCUUGGCUUUGUUGACAACUCCAGUCAUUGAAAACGCUUAUGUGAAAAUGUGCCAUCGUAGAGAUCCUACUCCGGAAGAUAGGUUGGUUGGUGCAAUGAUUGGCUCUCCAUUUCCUGCGAUUGCCCUCUGGAUUUUGGGUGCUACAUCAGAGAAACACGUCAUUUGGGUCGGCCCGGCUUCUUCCGGCUUAGCGUUUGGUUACGGUAUGGUUCUAAUCUACUAUUCACUAAACAACUACAUUAUUGACACGUAUGCCAAAUAUGCAGCUUCCGCCUUGGCUACCAAAGUUUUCCUUAGAAGUGCUGGUGGUGCAGCAUUCCCAUUGUUUACCAUGCAGAUGUAUCACAAGUUGGGCCUACAUUGGGCAUCUUGGCUCUUGGCGUUUAUCACCACUGCAAUGGUUGCGCUACCAUUUGCCUUCUACAAGUGGGGAGCCCAGUUGAGAAAGAAAUUCUGCAAAGAAAAUUACAGUGCUUUCCCUUGGGAUGAUGAAGAAGAAAAUACAGAUUCAAGUAUUGAGAAAAAUUAA